CACCGAGAUGACGAACGACGUAACAAUCAAAUUAAGACAACAGUCAAUAAGUGAUAAAUACGCGCAUCAUGGACAUGGCUACAGAUCAUCUUUUGAUUACUUCGGCACGGUAUCAGCCUCUGACUUAGCUUCCAGCACACUACUCAUCGACGGAGUCAUCGGGCAGCGCGAGAGCCUCCUAUUCAGGCGACGUAUUCAGCGUUCUCAGGACAAUCGCGGGCGAUAUGCCCCUCCUGCUGGCAUUUGUAGCAGGUCUUGUUCUUGUUAGGGUUGCCGACAGCGACCGGAGUGUCAACGGUCGUGCCGGGAGCAGCGAGGCAGUCCCUCGCCAUGUGGUUGGGACCUCCGCAACGGUAGCACUUCACAGGGGGGAGGGUAGACGUGUUCAGGGCGCGGCCAGGGGGAGGGGUGCGAGAAGCGAAUCCAGCACCAGCACCACUUGCGUUAGGGCACGCCCGCGCGAUAUGGCCAAAGCGUCCGCAGUUGUAGCACUUUUGGCCGGAACCUUGUACCCUCAAGCUCGGGCACUCCGCCUGUAUAUGACCGACUCCGCCGCAGGAGUAGCAUUGCUUCGCAGCGACAGAGCGGGGCUGCGGGCAUGCAGACGACUCGUGUCCGGGCUGACGGCAGUUGUAGCAGAGACGCUGCUCCGACGUACAAUUCUCCGCGAUGUGUCCGACUAUAACGGAGCUUGUGGUUUAUGAUCCUGCUGGUCGGAGAGGAAAGAACUAACGUACGGUUCCCGCACUUGAAACAACCCUUUCUACUGAACUGAUACGCCAUCCUGACCGAUCGUCGACUCGGAGAUCCUGAACCUGGCAAUGACAUUAUGGCAGUCAGUGACUGGUGCGGUCGUGGCGUUCACAAUGACGAGGCAUACCUCGCGUCUUCCCUCUUCCAACGACUAAACCUCUCACUUACCUUCCCUCCUCCUGCGUAGGAUAAGGACUGACGAGCAAGAUGGGUGAUCGA